AUGUCUGAUAUCAACGUCGUGAUUGAUUCUUUCAUUGAUAGACUAAAAAGAAAACAGGUGAUAGGAUCCUAUCAAGCGUCGUUGGAAACAUUACAAAUCUUGAUGAGAUAUGUUUCAGCUAUUAGAUGGACCUCUACUGAUGAACUGAUAGUACAAAUAAAAAAAUUCGGAAACAAUUUGGAGAAAGCACAGCCAUAUGAAUACUCUUGUGGUAAUGUUGUUAGACGUGUAUUAUCAAUGAUCAGAGACGAAAUAGAGGAGGAACAGAGUAGUGCUGAGCCGAUGAUAUCCUCAAUGUUUAACCUAUUACAGAAGCCAAUGACUGAUACGAAGACGAGAAAGAUACAGGAUAACAAACUAGACGUAAGGCAGACCAUUGUUCAAUCAAUUCGUGAUCUUAUAGAUGAAAUAAAAAAUAUCGAUGAAGGUAUUCAACAAAUAGCUAUUGAAUUGAUUCAUGAUCGAGAAAUCCUACUUACACCUACUCCAGAUUCAAAGACGGUUCUUCGUUUCCUUUUGAAGGCUAGAGAACGUAAUAAUAGAAAUUUUACUGUUCUAGUGACUGAAGGAUUUCCUAACAAUACAACAGUGGCUCAUGAAUUCGCCAAAAAACUAAGUGAGCAUGACAUUGAGACUAUUGUAAUCCCUGAUUCAGCUGUAUUUGCAUUGAUGUCGAGAGUAGGGAAAGUUAUUAUAGGAGCUAAAACCGUUUUCACUAAUGGUGGAACGAUAUCUUCGACCGCCGGUGUCUCCUCUGUAUGUGAGUGUGCAAGAGAGUUCAAAACACCUGUCUUUGCUGUUGCUGGUCUUUAUAAGCUCUCUCCUUUAUACCCAUUCGAUGUCGAGAAAAUGGUAGAAAUUGGAGGAUCCCAAAAUGUCUUGCCGACAACCGAGAAUGAUAGAGUAGGUACUGUUGCCUUAGAAACCAUAAAUCCUAUCGCAGACUAUAUUCCCCCGGAAAACAUCGAUAUAUAUAUUACAAAUAUUGGUGGUUUUGCACCAAGCUUCAUCUAUCGUGUGGUAUGGGAUAACUAUAAGCAAGAGGAUGUUAACCUUGGAGAAAAAAUAUAA